GGUUAUUAAUAGAACAAGCACCGUUCGAUAUGUCCGACUUCUCGCUGUUUUGACGUCCACAAAUGGUCACAAACAACAUGAAUCAGUAUCGUAAAUCAUAACUGUCCAUGAAGGUUAUCUAUUAUUAUUAACUGCUUCCAAACAUGAACCACACGACGAGAGAACUAUCCAGCACGUCGCCAGAACAGGGGAACCCGGGCCGAAGAAGAAUCGUGCUUGUUUACAGUUUAGUAAUGACGACCUAGGGCAUCCCAUAUAAUAAUAGUGAUGGCUGAAGCGGCCUCCACCCCUGGGGCUACAGCCGUCUACCCUCGGGAUCAGAUUCUGGCGACUCUAUACGGUCAGGCAGUGGGGGAUGCUAUUGGUUUGCUCACUGAGUUCCUAACCAAAGAGGAGGCUAAAGAGGAAUAUGGUGAAGUAAGGAAACACCUUGAGCUAGAACACAAGCGUCUAUGGCCUGAUGUGCAUAGAACAAGGUGGGAGGAGGGAGACUGGACAGAUGACACGGACCAGAUGAUACUCAUCCUGCAGUCCCUUACAGACAAUGAUGGACAGGUAAAACCCGAAGAUUUUGCAGACAGGUUAAAGUUUUGGUCUCGGAAUGGCUUUCCUGAACUCGGCGAUCGCGUUGGCAUGGGGAUCGGUACCACAACAGCAAAGGUCAUUGCCAACCCCGAGUUUGUGACUCAGCCACACAAGGCCGCGCGCGAAUGGUGGGAGAGUGGGAAAAUGGCGGCUUCAAACGGAGCUGUCAUGAGAACCUGCAUUCUCGGCGUCCAACAGUUUUGGGACACGGAAGCUGUGGUUGACAAUGCCCUGAAUAUAUGCAAAACCACUCAUUACGACCCGAGGUGUCAGGCGUCGACAGUUGCUGUGUCGGUGGCAAUAAGCCUCAUGUAGAGGGCGCCACAACACAUGAAGCGCAGUGGGAAAUACAGGGUGAAUAAAAUCAUCCAAGACAGCUUCAAGAUGGCCGCUGCCUGUCUUCCAACUCAGGAAGAGAAAAAGGAACUGAAGUCAUUCCUGGAGAUGAGGAAGAUCCAGAACCUGAAACUGUCCGAGUCCGGAAAGAUCGGCUACACCUACAAAUGCCUGGGUGCCGGGUUCUGGGCGCUCAAACAGAAAGACUUCAGGAAAGCACUGCAGAAAAUCGUCAUGGAGGGAGGUGAUGCGGACAGCAAUGGCGCUGUGGCCGGAGCUCUUCUCGGCUGUAAACUAGGAAUGGCUGCCCUUCCGGCGUCAUGGGUGACAAAUCUCAAACACAAAGCUUGGCUGGACGAGAAGAUUGAAAAAUAUUUCGUCCUGAGCGAGAAGAUGAUGGUAAACAAAUAACAACUUGGAAAACUGUGUUUAGAAUCUGUACUCAGGAAUAAAAAAAAAUCGAACUUG